AUGUCUUCCACACCCCGACAACCGCCGGAUUUCCCCUUAUCGGCGUCUCCUGCUUCUAAUAGAGGUCUGGCACCCAGCGUAGCGUCAUCCGUCCCUCGUGCUUCCUCGAUCGCUCGAUUAGCGUCUCCCGUCCCAGCGCUCGGAACAUCUCCUGCGUUAUCGCAUAGCUCCGUACCUCGGGGUAGCAACAAUGGUGGUACGAAUACAAACGGACAGCAAACAGGUGGCCCUGCGCCCUUAGCAGGUGCCGGCACGAGCAUGUCCGGACCUGGAGUAUCGGCCCUCGCGGCGGCGUUAUCCAACUCCGUUGGAACGUCACCCCCGAGGUUCGGUACACCAUCCAGCCGCGCUGCGCAGGGUGACCCGACAUUACGAGCGAACUCCCCCGCUCCCAGCAACAUCCCGCCGUCCGCGACGCCCACGAACUACGGGUCGUUCGACAACAGGUCUCGUCCCGUAGCUUACGAGGACCACGAGGUAGUCAAGCGACAUCUGGUUCAGCCCACCGACGCGGCCUCCGAUACAUCUUCGGGACAACAUGCUACCAAGGGCAAGCAGCCUGCUGAUAGUGCCGCGGACGCCUCGGCCGACGACGAAGAGUUUUCGAGCUUACGGUUACAAGGUGGCGACAUUACGAGAGGCAUCUACAAGUGGACCCAAGAUGCCGAGACGCGGAGUAAAGUGCAGAGGAGCCAGAGUUUCGUGCAACCACGGCCGUUGCCCGAGAGCGAGGUGCUGGAUAUUAAGAACAUGAAGGUCCCCGGAGGCUUCCGGCGCGAUUACAUCCGGAGAACGGCCGAGGAUCAGCAGGGCGCGUUGGGUCGCGAGGAAGCGGGCGAGGCGAGUGGUCAGCCACCGAGGCUGUUUACGACGAGCUUCCUGGAAUUUUUGACGCUGUAUGGUCACUUUGCCGGUGAAGAGCUUGAGGAGGAUGACGAGGUUUUGCUCCCCGGGGAGUACUUCUCUUCGGGUGCUGAGGAUGGCGGUUACUUUGGGGACGAGGAAAGCGAGUCCGAUCGGGAACCGAUGGAGGAUAGCGCUCUGCUGACGCCGUCGCGUCGCAAGAGAAGGAGAAAGGAGAGAGGAGGCAGCGGGAAAAACUCACCCAUGGGAGCGGCGUUAUUAUUGCUCAAGUCGUUUGUCGGAACCGGCGUGCUCUUCCUCCCCAGGGCCUACCUCAACGGCGGCAUGCUUUUUAGCAACCUCGUCCUUCUCUUUGUUGCAGCCCUGAGCUACUACUGCUUCGUGCUGCUCGUGUCUGUCCGGCUCAAGAUUGACGGCUCUUUCGGUGAUCUCGGCGGUAUUCUCUUCGGCGGGUGGUUCCGGAAGCUGAUUCUAUUCUCGAUCGUUAUCAGCCAGAUUGGAUUCGUAUCGGCCUACAUCGUCUUCACGUCGGAGAACCUGCGCGCCGUCAUCUUGGCCGUGUCGGACUGCAAGAACCACGUACCCAUAACGUGGCUCAUCAUCCUGCAGAUGAUCAUCUUCCUCCCCUUCUCGCUCCUCCGCGACAUCGGCAAGCUCGGCUUCACCGCCCUCGUCGCCGACGCCUUCAUCCUCGUCGGGCUCGCCUACCUCCUCUACUACGACAUCCUGACGCUCAACGCCAACGGCGUGGCCGACAUUAUCCAGUUCAACCAGAACGACUGGACGCUCUUCAUCGGCACGGCCAUCUUCACCUUUGAGGGUAUCGGCCUCAUCAUCCCCAUCCAGGAAUCCAUGAAGCACCCGCAGAAAUUCCCCCGCGUCAUGUUCGCCGUCAUGAUCAUCAUCACCACCCUCUUCGUGACCAUGGGCGCCGUCUCCUACGCCGCCUACGGCUCCAAGACCGAGACUGUCGUGCUGCUCAACCUGCCGCAGGAUAGCAAGCUUGUCAACGCCACGCAGUUUUUAUACUCGGUCGCCAUCCUGCUUUCGACGCCGCUGCAGCUGUUCCCCGCCAUCAAGAUUUCGGAAAAUGCCCUCUUUACCAAGAGCGGGAAGUAUAACCCUUACAUCAAGUGGCAGAAGAAUAUCUUUCGGUUCUUCCUUGUUACGGCGUGUACGUUGAUUGCGUGGGGUGGUGCGGAUGAUUUGGAUAAGUUUGUGGCGUUGGUGGGGAACUUUGCGUGCAUCCCGCUGGUUUACAUCUACCCGCCUAUGCUGCAUUAUAGAGCCGUAGCGAAGAGUCGGGCGUGGAAGAUCUCGGACAUCGUACUCGGCGUGUUUGGUCUCGUGGCUAUGGUGUACGCGACUACCUUGACAGUUAUCAGCUGGGCCAGGGCGCCGUCUGGUCCUACACUUCCGGGAUACUGUGAUGGGAGAUAG